GCCUGCCGGCCGCCGGCCCCGCCCCGCUGGCGACACCACUGGCCGCGAGGCGCGGGGGGCCGCGCGCGCCGCCGUCCCGUUCCCGGCACUGGUGCAGACUCCUCCCGGGAAGAGCGGCCUCCGCGGUCGUCUCUGACGUGCUUCUGCCUUUGAAGUGUCGGGGCGCGGCACGUCGAGGGCCCGGGCGGCCAGGCGGAGCGUGCGCAGGGGCCGCGUCCCCCCGGGCCCCCGGCCUGCGGCUGUUGGUCGAGCCCAGUGCUUCAUUUCCCGUGCGCGGCCCGGGCGGCCCUCUCUCUCCGCAGGCGUCCCGCGCCCGCCCAUUCCUCCUCCCUGGUCGCCGCGUCCUCGGCUGGCGUGAGGCCAAAGGAAAAUGAGGAGCGGGAAGGCCUCCUGUGCCCUGGAGACGGUGUGGGAAGACAAGCUCAAGUAUGAGGAGGCCGAGCGGCGCUUCUACGAGCAGGAGGCCACGCGGGCGGCCGCCUCCGCCCAGCAGCUGCCGGCCGAGGGGCAGGCCAUGAACGGGCCCAGCCAGGACGACCCUGAGGACGUUGAUGAGGCCGAGGCCCCUGACGGCAGCAGCAGGAGUGAUCCCAGGAAGAGCCAGGACAGCAGGAAGCCCCUGCAGAAAAAAAGGAAGCGCUCUCCCAAGAGUGGGCUUGGCCCUGUGGACCUGGCUCUCAUGGGCCUCUCGGCUGACCACGUGUGGCUGGACAAGUCACUUUUCGACCAGGCAGAGAGCGCCUACCACCAGAGGCUGUCAGAUGUGGCUGCCCAGGCAGCCUGGCCUCCUGCCUUGGCCCCUUGGGGUCCCUGCACCCAUGGAAGCCAGGUGGCCUGCCACCAUGUGACGUGGGGGAUCUGGGUCAACAAGUCUGCCUUCGACCAGGCUGAGCAGGCAUUCGUGGAAUGGUCUCAGGCCCUGUUGCUGGCCCCCGAGGGCGGCCACAGGGAAGAGACUCCUGACAUAGGCCAGGAGGUGGCUGUCUCCCACCUGGCCCACCAGCCCAGCCCACCAGUCAAUGGCCAGCCCCCACUGGGCAGCCUACAGGCACUGGUUCGGGAGGUGUGGCUGGAGAAGCCCCGGUAUGAUGCGGCCGAGAGGGGCUUCUAUGAGGCCCUGUUUGAUGGCCAUCCCCCCGGGAAGGUGCGCCUGCAAGAUCCAGCCGGCCAGGCCGAGGGUGCCCGGCGGGGCCGCCGAGACCGGCGGGGCCGCAGUGCCUUAGGGAACAAGAGGGCCGUGCCGCGACGGGCCGAUGGGGGGGCCCCCUCUGCCUUGCCCUACUGUUACUUCCUGCAGAAGGACGCAGAGGCCCCCUGGCUCAGCAAGCCCACCUAUGACAGCGCCGAGUGUCGCCACCAUGCCGCCGAGGCCCGGCGCGUGGCCUGGCGUCUUGAAGCUGCCUCCCUGUCUCGCCGACCCAGUCCUCGGUCUGGCCCAUCCAUGUCCAGCCUGAGACCCAAGAGAAAAAUGGCUACAAACUUCCUAGUACAUGAGAAGAUCUGGUUCGACAAGUUCAAAUAUGACGAUGCAGAAAGGAGAUUCUACGAGCAGAUGAAUGGGCCUGUGGCUGGUGUUUCCCGCCAGGAGAAUGGCGCCAGCGUGAUCCUCCGUGACAUUGCCAGAGCCAGAGAGAACAUCCAGAAAUCCCUGGCCGGAAGCUCAGGCCCCGGGGCCUCCAGCAGCCCCGGCGGAGACCACGGCGAGCUCCUCGUCCGGAUCGCCAGUCUGGAGAUGGAGAACCAGAGCCUGCGUGGCGUGGUGCAGGAGCUGCAGCAGGCUGUCUCCAAGCUGGAGGCCCGGCUGAAUGUGCUGGAGAGGAGCUCACCCGGCCACCGGGCCACAGCCCCGCAGACCCAGCACGUGUCUCCCAUGCGCCAAGUGGAGCCCCCAGCCAAGAAGCCAGCCACACCAGCAGAGGAUGACGAGGACGAUGACAUUGACCUGUUUGGCAGCGACAAUGAGGAGGACCAGGAGGCGGCCCAGCUGCGGGAGGAGCGGCUGCGGCAGUACGCGGAGAGGAAGGCCAAGAAGCCCGCGCUGGUGGCCAAGUCCUCCAUCCUGCUGGAUGUCAAGCCUUGGGAUGAUGAGACGGACAUGGCCCAGCUGGAGUCCUGCGUGCGUUCCAUCCAGCUGGACGGGCUGGUCUGGGGGGCCUCCAAGCUGGUGCCUGUGGGCUACGGUAUCCGGAAGCUGCAGAUUCAGUGUGUGGUGGAGGAUGACAAGGUGGGGACGGACUUGCUGGAGGAGGAGAUCACCAAGUUUGAGGAGCACGUGCAGAGCGUCGACAUCGCAGCUUUCAACAAGAUCUGAAGCCUGAGUGUGUGCGUGUGCGUGUGCGUGUGCGUGAGGCCCUGCCAUGAUUAAAAACUGAGACCGGC